AUGUUGAAAAGUGUUGGAGCAUCACUGAUACGUGGCAUGAAGUGUCAUCAUUCUCUGAGAGCUUCGGAAUUUAUAAAUUACCAGAGCAAAACAUCAUCAUCUAUUAAUUUAUCAAUUAUUUUAUCUAUUCCAUCGUCCUUUAGAAGAUAUUCAAUUUUGAGAGAGGAUAAUUCUUCAACAACGCAGAGUACAAACUCUUCAACACCACCCCAACAACAACCAAUAGAAGAAGAGUCUCAACAACCAACAACCCCAUCACACAAAAAGUAUUUCAUCACCACGGCUCCUUCCGAACAUGAAAGCACCCGCAAGCAAGAAAAAGUAAAGAAACACCAAUCCCAGAAAUUCAUGCACUAUUCAAACAAGUCCUUUUUAGAAAUUAUACAAGAUGUUUUGAGAAGGUCCGUUCGGUUUUUCGCUCACAACUAUUACCUCGUAUUUGCGUUCUUAUUGCUGGUUGCCCUCAUGUAUGCGUUGGAUGUUUUCAAUUUGAGAACAGAGAAAAUUCUAUCCGAACGAGCCAAGCUGGAAGAGCUUGAGUGGAGAACAACAAGUAGUAGUAGUAGUCGUUAG